ACGUCGUCCUACUCAUGAUAUUAAUGUGAGAGCUGCUAUCAUUCAUGUUAUUGGCGAUUUUGCACAAAGUGUUGGGGUGUUAGUAGCAGCCAUUGUUAUUAAAUUUAAAGUAAGAGGAUUUUUAUAUGUAGAUAAAAGAAACAAAAAAAAGUAAUUAUUAUUACUAUUUUUAAAUUCUGUAUCGCUUCUAUACUAGAACAAACGAUGUAAAGAACAAGAUCAAAUACCAGACACCUGGUCGAUAGAGAAAAAGAAAGAAAAUAGAACAGA